AUGAACAGGGUUAGAAGCCUUAUCGGGGGAUCAAGCAGUAAUCGGAGAACACAGAAUUUUAAUCAAACAGACGAACCGACAGCACAAUCCCAGAAUUCUGCCCUCAAUGAGAGCGAUCAAGCUACUAUGUUUGAGUCAGACAUAGCGACUACGCACACCAAUAGUUCUGAUUCUUCGACAAUAGGAGACUUCCAGCGAAAUGGGUUUAUUAACAGAUGUCCAGUGUUUACCUCGGAGCGAAAUAUUCCGUUUGCGCAUACUUUGUUAGGGAAGGGGUUCUAUUGUUUUCCUAGUGAAGAAGCAUUUGCCGUUUUCCGUAAGAACAAGAGAAGACUUGAUGUGUUAGAUGACGAUGAAGGUCUUGGUAUUCCGCUUUUGCAUGCUGUGCCAUCUGGUGUAAUUAAGACGAUCAUAAGCAGAAGAGAACCCAUUUCAAGGAUUUAUAAGUACAUCCUUGUUCUUCCGAACGAGCCAUCGCCAAUGGAGCUGAGAGACGGCAUAUGCGAGUUGAUUGCCGAAAACAACUCCCGAAAACUCUACAAAGUAGAGUUUUGUCAAGUUUUCAAAGAGGUAGACGUUGAUUCGUGCCGCGUGGAACAUAAAUUUCUGUUCCGUUUGAAUGAGCAGUCGCGUAACAUGUUUUCCAUCAAAAUGGUUAACAGCAUUUUCAAAAGAGGUACAGAUACAAGGGUGGAAGGUCUAAAUUUGAGAUGGUAUGGCACUUCAGGAUUAGCGUCUCCCUUCGGAUCUGGUCAUUUCAAAGUUCUUGUCCUAGACGACGGUAUGCCAUCCCUCUUGGACGAGCCUACCGAUGAAAGCUACGAGCGUGCUCGUAGAGAAGCCCAGCCUUUAAGACCGUUGAGACUCAUGCCAAUUUGGGCGUCUUACACAAACGAGACUGCGACUUAUAUACCGAGGAAAAGGACCUUGAGACUCGCCAACUUUUUAAUCAAGGAAAAUGGGGCUGAAUCGAAGGGAAUUAGAAAUACGCCCUUGAGCACAGAUAUCAUUACAUGUAUGGCCAUGGUGCUACACGAUCUCGAGUCGCGUAAGGAUAGGAGAAAUGUAAGGGCCGGAUAUCUCCCAACCGGAACCAUGAAUAUAGGCCCUGCCUUCAUGUAA